AUGGCUACCCGCUCGUUCACCGUCUUCUGCGACUUCACCGAGGAGAAACCCACCCACGUUGCAGCUGCUAAUGUUUUGGCUGUCACCAGCCCUAACAUCCGGUCCUCGUCUUCCACCAACGCAGCCGCGUCCGCAACAGAGAAGGAAAACCUCCACCCCGUUACUGGAGAGAACUGUGCCGCCCCGUCUAGCCCGUCGAAGAAGCGGAAAACGAACGUUCUUGCCACCAAGGUUAUCGUUAGCAAGAAGAGCAAGGGAGAGUUGAAGCCUGCGACCAAAAGCAAGAAGGAAGCUGGGAAACGCAAGGGCACCACGAAAAAGAGUCGUCGGGUGCCGGCAUUGCCCAAGUUGGACGAGGAGAGCAAUGAAGGCAAUGCGGCUCAGCGACUACUCCAAAGCGACAUUGACUCUCGUUGCUACGAGCUCACCGUCUCGCCUUUGGCAGAUGUCACCCAGGCCUACGACCCGGGCUUCGAUAUCAACUCUGCGCUAUCCGCUUUCACAGCUGAAGAAGGCCCUAGCUUCCGCAAGGCUGCCUCCCAAGAACCUGAAAUCCGCGACUACUUUUCGCAUAACCAUACGAGCCGUGCCACGACACCCGUAAUGACAAACGAAACCAAAGUUUUCUCAACGCCUGAGCGUGAACACAUCUAUUCCGCUUUCACCUUCACAACUCCUUCCCCAUCGAGCGACCGGUUCCGCGAAAUUCGUCGCUCAGCAUCUCCGACUCCCUCACACGCAUAG